AAAGCCUCUCUCUCUCUCUUUAUCUCCCUUCUCUCAGUGCUCUGCUAGGGUUUUCCAUUUAUUCAAUGGCCGACGAAGCUCAGUACUCUUCUGGUCCAGACUCUGCCACCAACAAGCGCAAAUACGAGGAGCAAACCACGCCACCGCCGCCUCGUCGACCCACUGGAUUCUCUGCCCCAAUUACCUCUGCGUCGCCCGACUCGGCUCCUCACUCCUACAACAACGUCCCGCCCCCAGUCGAUGAGAUCCAGCUAGCUAAGCAGCGAGCGCAGGAGAUCGCCGCUCGUUUGUUCAAUAACGCUAGUGGUGGCGGAGCCGCUGGUGGCGCUUCUCCUCUCGAGGCCAAGCGCCCUAGGGUUGAGAAUGGCAGUGGCUUUGAUUCUGCUGAUAAGGGCUUUAGCUCUGCACCAAGUGAUUUGAAGUCCCAGGCUUCAAUGUCUUCGCAAUCAUCGAUACCAGUUUCGUAUGGAUUCCAGGGUUCGAGCAAGAAGAUUGAGAUUCCAAAUGGUAGGGUUGGUGUUAUUAUAGGUAAAGGUGGAGAGACUAUCAAGUAUCUUCAACUUCAAUCUGGAGCCAAGAUUCAAGUUACUCGGGACAUGGACGCGGACCUCAAUUCUUCGACUAGAAUGGUGGAGCUCAUGGGUACUCCUGAACAAAUUUCCAAGGCCGAGCAGUUGAUAACAGAUGUUCUCGCUGGGGCUGAAUCAGGAGGUCAAGGCAUGGUUACUCGAAGGGCAGGUAGUCAAUCCGGUUCUGAUCAAUUUGUCAUGAAAAUUCCUAAUAAUAAGGUUGGUCUUAUAAUCGGUAAAGGAGGAGAAACAAUUAAAAAUAUGCAAGCACGAACUGGAGCUCGUAUUCAGGUGAUUCCUUUGCAUCUUCCCCCUGGUGAUACAUCAAACGAAAGGACAUUGCAGAUAGAUGGUACCAGCGAACAAAUUGAAAGUGCAAAACUGUUGGUUAAUGAAGUUAUCAGUGAGAAUCGUGCUAGAAAUUCAACAAUGUCUGGAGGUUAUCCCCAGCAAGGUUACCAAGCCCGACCACCUUCAAGCUGGGCCCCACCAGGGGCUCCUCCAAUGCAACAACCUGGUUAUGGCUACGGGCAACCUGGUGCGUAUUCUGGUCAGUCCUCACAGUAUAACAUGCCACAACCUUCUUAUCCAGGCUACCCUCAGCAAGCAUCUGGUGGGUAUCAAUCCAAUUGGGACCAGUCAGCCGCACCGCAAUCUCAGCAGGCUGCUCAAGGAGGUGGCUAUGAUUACUAUGGUCAACAACAGGCCUCACACCAGCAGCAACCUGCUGGCUCUGCUGCUCCGACCGAUAAUUCUGGCUACAAUUACAGUCAGCCUCCAGCUUCUGGCUAUCAGCAAGGACAAGGUUAUGCUCAAGAUGGUUACGGUGGAUAUCAUGCACCCCAAUCUGGCUAUGGUCAGCAGCCUUCAUAUGAUCAGCAAGGCUAUUCUGCUGCAGGCUAUGGUAAUGCGAGCAAUUCGGCAGAAGCACAUGCUGCCUCGUACGGAUCUCAAGGAGAUUCAACCCAAGCUCCUGUCCAGUCCUCUGGCCAACAAGGAUACAAUUCCAGUCAACAACAGCCUAGCCCAAGCCCUGGAAGCUAUCCACCCCAAGGAGCUAGCCAGCCAGGCUAUGGAGUGCCACCAACUUCACAGGCUGGUUACGGGACUCAACCCGGUGCUCCUCAGCCUGGCUAUGGCCCUGGUUAUGGAGCACCUCAAGCAAAGCCACCUCCAAAUGCCCCAGUUUACGGGCAAGCAACCCAGUCACCCACCACACCAGGUGGAGGGUACAGUCAGCAAGCACCUCAGCAGCCUGGCUAUCCCCAUUCCCAGCCACCAACGAGUGGUUAUGCUCAGCCAGAUUCCAGUUCCCAGCGUGGUCCCCCAUCCAGCUACGGGGCUGCAGCAGCUUCUCAGCCAGGAUAUGGUCCCCCUUACGGUGCAGCUCCUAGUCAGCCAGGUUACGGACAGGUACCGCCAUAUAAUGCCUCUUAUGGCAGCGGCGGCUAUUCUCAACCGCCUGCUUACUCUGCUGACGGAAGUGGUGCACCACCAGCUUCCCAGAGUUCUCAACAGACUGGUGUUGCGAAAACAUCUCCUCAGACUUAGUGCUUUUUGAAUUUUCUAUGUUUGCGUUUUGGUUAUUUUGAUCAUUGGUCGUCCAAUCUAUUGCUGUAAUUUUAACUAAACUAGGUGGAUGUAGGGUUUGUAGUGAGAUGAGAUAUUAGUGACUUUUUAGUGUAUUGUUACCAAGUUCCUUCUUUUUUUUUUUUUAAUUUUUUUAAUUUGAAGAGUUUGUGGGUAAGUACUCUUUGGUUCUCCAUGCUUUGGAUCUUGAUCAAUAUUUUCUCCACUUGUUUCC